UUGUGACAUUUUGUCCAUAUCUAGCGUUGUGACAUUUUGUCCAUAUUUAAUUAUAGGCAUUUUAUCUGUUAUAGAUUUUGUAAUAAAAUUUUGUAAAAUUUAUUUUAGCGUCCCGCGUCAUUUCUUGAAUCUUCUUGGGUUUUGAUUUUAUUUCCUUAACUUUGUGUCGAAGAUUUCAUUAUCCUCGUGUUUUCUCAAAGUUUUCACAAUAUAGUUUUUACUGUGUUUUUUUAUUAUUUUUUAAAAUUCCAGUUAAUUACAUUUACUAUUUUUGUUUGCGAACCAACUAAAUAAAAUGACUCAGGAGAGCGACAACAUCCCAACAUUUAAGCUUGUCCUAGUUGGUGACGGCGGUACAGGCAAGACUACUUUUGUUAAGCGUCAUUUAACUGGCGAAUUUGAGAAGAAAUAUAUUGCAACUCUUGGUGUUGAGGUGCAUCCGUUGACCUUUCACACAACUCGUGGCCAAAUUCGUUUCAAUGUUUGGGAUACUGCUGGACAAGAAAAGUUUGGAGGACUUCGUGAUGGAUAUUACAUUCAGGGACAAUGUGCCAUAGUUAUGUUCGAUGUAACCGCACGUGUUACUUACAAGAACGUUCCGAAUUGGCAUCGUGACUUGGUCCGGGUGUGUGAGAAUAUACCAAUUGUUUUGGUUGGAAAUAAGGUUGAUGUUAAGGACAGGAAGGUCAAAGCCAAAAGUAUCACUUUCCAUCGCAAGAAGAAUCUUCAGUACUACGAUAUUUCGGCCAAGAGUAACUACAACUUUGAGAAGCCGUUCCUCUACCUCGCAAGGAAGUUGGUUGGCGAUCCUAACCUCGACUUUGUUGCUAUGCCAGCUCUUGCACCUCCUGAGGUACAUAUGGAUCCGGCUUUGGCUGCACAAUACGAACAAGAAGUGAAAGAGGCUGCAAAUGCUGAGCUUCCUGAUGACGAUGAAGACAUUUAA